GAAUGAGGAAUAUAUCAGUAUCAACAAUCGUAGCUUUUAAUAUACUGCUCGGUCUGGUGAUAAAGUCAACAGCGAUGCCCUUGAUAUAUGUAUCCACCAAAAGCUCAUGCUAAUUGGGUGGCUCGAAGUAAAUCACGUGUAUACCGCACAGCCACAAAGCGGAGACAGUGCCACAAUCGCAUGUGGGGUGACGACAGCUUCUAGAAUAAUUAGGUAGGCAAGAAGAAUCCACCCAUCUAUCAUCCCUAAUCACAUUCCCCCAGGCUUGAACACAUUCCCAUACACCCAUUUAUCAUCGUUACACUUGAUCAUAUCUACAAUCAUUUCUCAAAGGUAAAGGCACUGCCAAUAUGUCUGCACCAACAAAAAAUUCGGAGAGCCUCGUAAGUUGAUGCAUUCCUUUGAUUCCACAACUUUAUGCGUUAUUUCAACGUGGAUUAUGAAAGAAUUAAUUGCUAACUGACCUCCUUUUUUCAGAAUAGGAGUCCUCCUCCAGAAUCGCCAACGACUGUAGCGCCGUUUGAUAUGGACGACGACGAUGUACAAGAAGGUACUACCAGUGGUGAUGUACCGGCAUCGACUAAGACUGCAGAUGAGCAACCUCCGCAAAAGCCUCCGCGCCCUUUGAGCCCCCAACAGCAAGCAGAAAAUACUUUAAAAGAAGCCUUCCCAAGCAUUGAUGCAGCGGUAGUCAAAGCAGUUUUGAUUGCUAGUGGAGGUCGUGUUGAGCCUGCUUUCAAUGCCCUCCUGGGUAAGUCUGUAUUCCUUUCGCACAGGAUCAUAUUCCUAAUAUCCAUUAUGAAUAGGCAUGUCAGAUCCAAAUGCCGCUAUCGAAGUUCCACCUCCGCAACCCCCACGUCCACAAGCGCAAAGAGUAGGCUCUACUCCCCGAUCACAACUCGAAUCCGAUGAACAAUAUGCACGUCAGCUUGCUGAGCACUAUGAAGGAUCAUCAUCGUACGGACCCCAUGCACCUAGAGGUGGUUCCAGGGGUGCAUAUCCCCAGGCUCGGAAACAAACGGGCUUGAAGCCAAAUGAAAUGUAUGAGGAGGAGGAGGAACGCAGUUUCCUCGAUGACGAUCUCCCAGUCAUCAAGGAAAACCUCAGAAAGGGUUUCCUUGAGACACAGAGUAAAGUCAACAGUUGGAUUACCAAUUUGAAGAAGAAACUCGAUGGAGAUGACACAGAGGAGGAACCCUCCACUCAGGGUUACAAUUCUAAUCAAUACACACAAUAUCGUUCUCGAAGAAGUGGGGAAGGCAGACAGAGUGGAGAUUAUAACCGAUAUGAUGCUGAUCCCCAGGUUCUCGGCGAUGAUUUCGCUGGGAUUCAGCUGAAUGUGGAUGGCAGUAGGCAUGAAGGUAGUGACUCUCGUGCAGGUCAUUCUGCAAAUGCUUACCAGGCACCUGGCCCUGCAGCCCGUCGAUCUACACGCCCACUUGCAAAUCCUGACCUAUUCAAACCAACCACAACUGCUCCAAAACCUGAAGGCCGAAAGGUAUCAUUCCAAAAUGCCACAGUUGAAGAUGAUUUGUAUCGCACUUCACCAAAACUUGGCGGAAAAGAAAACACUCCAUCUACCAAACAGAGUAAAUGGCAACCAUUAAGUACCAUGGAGCCAAGUCCAAUUGGUGACGCCGAUAACGACCAUGAUCCAUUCAGUCUUGGAGAUAGCGAGGACGAAAAGGAAUCUAAAGAUCGAGUUGGUGGUAAAGAAAUUCGUACCGAUGAUGCGGAGAGGCUCAAGAAAGCAGCAGCCGAAGCAAUGUCCGAGAAUAUCGGUGAGCCGGCGAAGAAGCCUGAACCAGCUGAGACGUCUGGUACCAAGGACAAAGUCGCAGUGGAACUGGCUACCAAGUCUUGAGUGUCGAGGAAUCCAUAAUCACAAUUCUGGAACUUUUUUUUAAGGGGCGCUGGAUAAGCUUGUUUGUACUUUUUCAUGAUAUCCAAAUUGAUUCUACUAUGAACUUGGGGUAGAGCCUAACAUGGCUCGUCAGGAGCCAUUAGCAUCGAGAAUGAGUUACUCAUUGCAUCGAUGUCUAAAUCCACAGACCCUAUUUCGAUGAUUGAUAGAUAGUAUAGGCCAGUGAGACUUUACUGGGAAGUACGGUCAUGAAACUCUAGACGGAUCAAUUUCAAUGGUGACUACACUCUUUCAAUGCAAAAAUCCAGUCCACAUUUCACCUAAUCAAUUUCUACCUCCCACUUUUGAAGUUUCUGUGAUGAUGGGUCGAUGAACGUCACUGAUGAAUGACUUGUAAACU